GCUGGGCUGAAGCCCAUCACUGCUCAUUAUUAGGCCUCCUCACACCUGCACACUUACUUGCUAGAUGAGUUAAAGCAUUCAGUUCCUAUAAAGAAAUUGUAUUUAGUGGGAAAUCCAGCAGAAGACUAUGUUUCAGUUGGUGAUGGUUUCCUUACCCUUUCUCCCACUAGUCUGAGGAUUCAGGGUUCUCAAGUAGUGACUCACUUCAGAAGGAAAAAAAAAAAAAAGAGCUGGAUUCCAGUAAUGGCUGGCUUUUAAAUGGAAGAUCUGAAGCAUAAGAGUCAGAUCCCUCUGGAAGGAAGUGGUGGAUGCUCUGCAUCAAGAGAGAUUGGAGGAAACUUGCUGAGUUUCUUUAUGUGGAAAAGAGAGGAGACCAGGCUCAAGUGGAUGGUACCUGCUGGAAUUUUUUCCCAUUUGGAUAUGGAAAGCAGGAUAGAAAGAAUCUUGAAAAGGCUGGCUCAUGAGAUCCCUUGAGCCCAUCUUGCUCUGUGAGUGCAAGAGUCAUUUUCCCUGUGCCUAUCCAUGAAACUCAACAGUGAACACCCAAAGCAGAAAACAAAAGGUAAUUUAUGUUUCUCCUCGCCAAUCUGGUAUGUUUAAGGACUGGUUCUUUCCAGCUAGGAUGUGUUCAAUUGUUUCUGUAACAUUCUUUCUAACUGUGAACUCCAAGUCCUUCAGGACUAAAAAUGUGGGAGAGACUAAAACCAAAGCAUGGUGCUUCAUCUAUCUUGCCACAGGCUGCCAGGCUUUGGUGCUUGAUGGUUUUGAGCCUCUGAUCUUUGCUUUGGGUCUGGGAGCAGCAGCUUUGGGAGACAAACAGCCCCUAUAUUAGAGCAAAGAAGGCAUCUAAAAGUUUGGAUUAAGACAGUGGCCAUCUUGGCUGCUUCCUGGAUAGCUCUGCUGGGUUGUUGCUUGGAGCUAAACCAACCAUAAAUGAUCAUUUACAUGCUGCAUUCAAAAGAUAGAUUUAGUCAGCUGCCCUAGAAUAAGUGCCUUGGGAGCUCUGUGGGGUGUGCAUGGUUGUUUGCUUUUGGUUUUACUGCUUUGAACUGCCUUUGAGCACUGGGUAAAUGGAAACCUGUGCUUGGAUGUCUGCAUGGGUAUGGAGCAUCCCUAAUCUGAAAACCCUGGGAUUUGUGAGCAUAUCAGUUACCUCAAAAAUUAAACCAGCAGCCGCCUGAAGUAACAAGGUACAAUAUGCGAGUCCUUCCUGUCUCAUGGAGGACAUUUUUCACAGUACCCUUAAAUUUAUCUCCACAAUCUCUGUCCCAUUUAAUUGUCCCAUACUGAUACAGUAAAGUCUUUUACUUAACUCAAACCAGUUUGCAAUUGCAUUUUCCAUUAAAGGAAAAUGUUCCUCUCACUGGAGGCUCAGCACCUGAUGAGCCAACCUGCUCCUGGGAUUUGAAAUUCAGAGGGCAAUGGUGCAGGAUUUGUAGAGCAGCUGCAUCCUGGGUCAGAGAUGGUGUUUAGUCCUCUGCCUUGUGAAUCUGGACAGGAGUUGGGGGAGCUGCUGUUAAUCCUCAGCUUUCCAGCUGUGCAAGGGAAAGGUCACGGAAUCACAGAAUAUCCUGGACUGGAAGGCACCCACCAGGAUCACAGGGUCCAACUCCUGGCCCUGCACAGACACUCCAGCAAUCUCACCCUGUGCCUGAAAGUGUUGUCCCAGUGCUCCUGGAGCUCUGGCAGCCUUGGGGCUGUGCCCAUUCCCUGGGGAGCCUGUUCCAGGUGAGUGUGUUUAAAAUGGGAUGUAUUUGAAACUGCAGAAUGUGAAGUGGGGCAAUUUCUCCCAACCUGUCUGUUCAGGAAAUGGGGAACAGGUGAUAGCCUUGGGACAGAUGGGGAAAACAUUUUGCUUAGCUACGAGAUCCCAAAACUAGAUCUGCAAAUAGCUUUAUAUAAUUUUUACUCAAACUCUUGAAGGGUUUGAGGUUUUUCUCAUGGGUUAAGCAGUUCAUUUUCUGUUGGUAAAAACUGAGGGCAUGUGGCACUCAUGUGUGGUAGGUGGUCAAACUCUCCCUUGUCAGAUUGAACUUUAAAACCUUUUUCAAACUAAACAUUGCCUCUUUUUUUCCUACUCUUUGCUUAACCUUCAGCAGCUGGUCAUCAGCCUUUGGCCUUAGCAUCCUACUCCCCUCCCACCAUCCCCUGCUGCUGUCUCAGCUCUGUUUGAGCACAGAAAUCCAGUGGGAAAACAGCUUUGGGCUCAAGCAAGACUGUUCCCUCAAAAAUUUGCAUUUACCUCCUAAAAGCAGAAGGCUGGAGGUACAAGGGGCAGGUGCUGGCCCACUAGCCCUGGAAGAUCACAGACAUGGAGGUCACCAGUGUUAAAUGCAGGACCAUGCAUCUGUUCCUGCUGUGCCUGCUCAGUGUCUGGGGGCUGGCUGCCCCGGAGCACUACGCCGUGGAAGACAUCUGCACCGCCAAGCCCCGCGACAUCCGCGUGAACCCCAUCUGCAUCUACCGCAACCCGGAGAAGAAGCCCCAGGAGGGGGAGGGACAAGAGCCAGCAAAGGACAAGCUCCCGGAGUCCACCAACCCCCGCGUCUGGGAGCUGUCAAAAGCCAACUCUCGGUUUGCUGUCGUCUUCUACAAGUACCUGGCUGACUCCAAGGACAAUGGGGAAAAUAUCUUCAUGUCACCCCUCAGCAUUUCCACAGCCUUCGCCAUGACCAAGCUUGGAGCCUGUGGCAGCACCCUCCAGCAGCUCAUGGAGGUCUUUCGAUUUGACACCAUUUCAGAGAAGACAUCAGAUCAGAUCCAUUUCUUCUUUGCCAAGCUGAACUGCCGCCUUUACAAGAAAGCAAACAAAUCCUCAGAGCUGGUAUCAGCCAACCGUCUCUUCGGGGAGAAAUCUUUGGUCUUUAAUGAGACUUACCAGAACAUCAGUGAGAUCGUUUAUGGAGCAAAACUCUGGCCCUUGAACUUCAAAGAGAAGCCAGAACUUUCCAGGCAGAUCAUAAAUGAGUGGGUGGCUAACAAGACAGAGAAGCGCAUUACAGAAGUGAUCCCAGAAAAUGGCAUUGAUGAUCUCACUGUCUUGGUCCUGGUCAACACCAUUUAUUUUAAGGGGCACUGGAAAUCACAGUUCCCAGCUCCAAACACAAAACUGGAUGUAUUUCAUAAAGCCAACAGUCAGACCUGCCAAGUCCCAACUAUGUACCAGGAGUCCAAAUUCCACUACGCAUUCAUCCCCCAGGACAAAGUCCAGGUGCUGGAGCUGCCUUACAAAGGGGACGAUAUCACGAUGCUGCUGGUCCUGCCCAGUGCUGGGACACCCCUGGAGGAGGUGGAGCGAAACCUGACAUCGGAGAAGCUGCAGGGCUGGAUAGAUUCCAUGAAGGAGAUGUCUCUCUUCGUCUACCUCCCUCGCUUCCGCGUCGAGGACAGCUUCAGUGUCAAGGAAAAGCUGAGGAAAAUGGGGCUGGAAGAUCUCUUCAGUCCAGAAAAUGCCAGACUCCCAGGUAUCAUUGCAGAGGGCCGCACAGACCUGUACGUGUCUGAAGCUUUCCACAAAGCCUUCCUUGAGGUGAAUGAAGAAGGCAGCGAGGCCUCAGCUGCUACAGCAGUCACCAUCUCUGGCCGUUCCUUCCCUAUGAACAGAAAAAUCUUCAAUGCCAACAGGCCCUUCCUGCUUUUCAUCCGGGAAGCUGCCCUCAACUCCAUCAUCUUCAUGGGCAGGAUAGCUGAUCCCUGCUCCUAAAGGGGCUGGUAGGGCCUCACUUCUCCCUCCUCUGCCUCGGGAAAAGGGGAGGUGGGGUAUUGCCACAAAGUGUGGGCUGCUCCUGGGGUGGUUGGUCUUUCUGUUUGGUGCCAGCUGCAGGGAGGGACUGCAUCCAGCUGGGCUGUCCCUGCUCCUCCCUGCCAUGUCAGGUGAGGGGCUCACAGGUCACCUCACUGUCCUGUCCUUUGUGGCAAGGAAAGCUGAAUUUCAUCUGGUACCAGUAUUUUGGUGGCACCCAAGUCCAGCAUUGCUGUCCUUCCUGUGCCCAACCCUCUGUAACUCUGAUCACUUGGUUCAUUAAAACCUAUAGAUCUGUA